GAGAGUUCAAUCAAAAGAAAGGAUUUUUCUAUACGCCAUUAUUAGUUGAAUCAAAGCCCUAACUCAAAACUCCUCCAAUUCUAGAACCCCUCACUUCCAAUUCAUCAUAAUUUGCCCCAAUUCGAGGUUGUUUCGAUCCAAUCCGACAAUCGGCGGAUCGAAAACGAUCAAAAUCACCCUACUCGGAAUCAGUAGUUGCGUAUAAAUGGAGUUGUCUGAGCUUUUGGCAAUAUUCGGACCGGGAAUCUCCGGCGCGGUGUUCGGCGCUGGGUGGUGGUUUUGGGUGGAUGCCGUCGUGUGCAGCGCCGUACAAGUCCCUUUCCUCCACUACCUACCAGGAAUUUUCGCUUCGUUGUCUGCUCUGAUGUUCAAUUGCGUGAGGAAAGAGGAUAUUGAUUACUCGCCAUACGAUGAGGGUGAAUGGAGGUUGAAACUCUGGCUUUUCAUUGCAUAUGUUGUGUCAUUUGUCUCGUUAGCUGCUUCAGUCGGACUCUUGAUACAAGAUGCACUGGUGGAGACUGGUCCUUCAGCGUGGACUGGAAUCGCAGGUGUUCUUCAAUGCGUCUUUGUGUUAAUCAGUGGACUGAUAUAUUGGAUAUCUCAUUCCUCUGAAUAACCUUCCUGUGCAAAGAGUAUCCACCGUUAUUUAAUCUGUGCUGAAAGUACCCGAACGAGAGAGACUGGAGCUAUUCAUGUCGUCUGAGUCUUUAGCUGUUCGUUGGUUUGUGCCAUUCAGCCAUGUGCAUAAACCUUGCUGAAUUGUUAUCGUGUGAAAAACCCGGGUUGAUAUGUCAUCGAAGAAUGUUGUUCAUUUACUGUUUUGCUGGUGCAAAAAAUUUCAACUAUUAUUCA